UCUUCUCUGAAAUCUAUUCUCCUCUUCGUCUCUCUCCUUCCCUCUUUUUUUUCUCCCUUGUUUCGUGUCCGGAUUUCCUUCUUUAUGAUGCGGGAUCGAGAAGUUAGGGUUCCCUGUAGCUAGCCAAAGUUUGCGCGCAAUACUCGAUUUUGAUGGCCUCGUCGAUGUCUCCCCUAGGAACCGCCGAUCUUAUUCUUGUGCUUGGAUCGGUUAUUUUGUGAUGCUUUCAAGGACGCCGCUCUUUGUUUAUGAUUGUGAUUUCACUAUCAUACGAUAUUAGGGCCGUUGUUGGAUUCUCGUUUUCUCUGAUCAGAGGAGGGGACAACUAAGGUUAAGAUUGUCGGGAAACCUUUUUUCUUUUCAGAUUCUAAUUUAUUGUUUUUGUCCCCUUUUCUCCCUUUUUCGUUGUUGGCAUCGUUAGAUUCUCCGCAAGUUCCAAAAUCUCUGAAUGUACUGCAAACGGCAAAACCAACCAGAAACAACUAAAUCCUCAAAGGUUAUCAGAUUUUGCCCUUGUUCAAACGGCUGCUACUUCUCUGUAGUGUGUAAUAUUUUCGGUGCCUUCGACUACUGAAGUAGGUCUAUCUGAAAAUUUGUCUAAAAUGAAGCUCUUGGUGCAUGUUAUCAGAUUUUGCCCUUGUUCAAACGGCUGCUACUUCUCUGUAGUGUGUAAUAUUUUCGGUGCCUUCGACUACUGAAGUAGGUCUAUCUGAAAAUUUGUCUAAAAUGAAGCUCUUGGUGCAUGUUAUUGAAGCCAGGAACCUUCUAGCUAUGGAUCUGAAUGGUUUGAGUGAUCCUUAUGUGAAAUUACAGCUAGGAAAACACCGAGCAAAAACUAAGGUUGUUAAAAAGAAUCUCAACCCUUUUUGGGAUGAAGAGUUUAACUUUCGGGUGGGAGAUCUUAGUGAGGAGCUCAUAGUGAGUGUCUUGGAUGAAGAUAAGUACUUCACUGAUGAUUUUCUGGGCCAGGUGAAGGUUCCACUGUCCAAAGUAUUGGAUUCUAGCAAUUUGUCACUUGGAACGACCUGGUAUCAGUUGCAGCCCAAGGGCAAAAAGUUGAAGAGCAAAGAUUGUGGAGAAAUCUGUCUCACUAUAUCCUUGUAUCAGAAAAACAUUGAACAAGCAGUGCGUUCUGUUUCUGAUGAUCUCAUAUCAAACUCUGAUAGGCCAAGUGAGUUGACAAAGGGAAGGAAUUCAGUCUCUUCCAAUGGUGAUACAGAACUAACUGCUGUGUCAGAAACUAAUGAAAUGGACUCUCUCAAGGAAGACAAAAUGAAUGCAGUUACUUUUGUGGAUCGAGUGUGUCAGUUUUUUGGUGGGAAAAAUUGUGGGACCACUUGUUCUUCCAGUAGGGAUGUUAGCCCAGAAAAAGUUCAAGUUUCAUCAACUGACGAAACUUUGACUGUGCAAACAGUUGAUGCUGGCUCUGAUGUCCCAUAUGAUGAAUUAUUGAAAAUCAUAAAACCAAAGUUACAAGGAGUUGAAAUGCUUGCAGAUUUGCCCGGGGGUGUACUCCUUGAUCAAUCUUAUUCUACUGCUCCAGGUGAUCUGAACUCGUUUCUCUUUUCUCCAAGUUCAAAUUUUUGGCAAUCACUAGCUGACAUUCAAGGAACAACUGAAUUUCAAGCUGGACCUUGGAGACUAGAAAAUGAUGGAGAGACAUUGAAAAGAGUGGUCACAUACACGAAAGCUGCAACAAGAAUAGUGAAGGCUGUGGCAGCUACAGAUGAGCAGACUUAUCUGAAAGCUGACGGGAAAAAUUUUGCUGUCCUGUCAAGUGUAAGCACCCCAGAUGUGCCUUUUGGUAGCUCUUUCAGGGUAGAGAUUCUUUUCUCUAUAAUGCCAGGCCCUGCAUUGCCAUCUGAAGAACAAUCAUCACGUUUGGUAAUAUCUUGGCGCAUGAAUUUUCUGCAGAGCACAAUGAUGAAAUCAAUGAUCGAAAACGGAGCAAGGCAAGGUUUGAAGGAUAGCUAUAGUGAGUUUGCUGAUUUCCUAUCACAGAGUAUCAAACCUAUUGAUUUAAAAGAAACUGCUACAAGUAAGGAGCAGAUUUUAGCUUCUUUGCAAAUUGAGAAGGAGUCUGGCUGGAAAUUAGCAUAUCGGUUCUUCGGGAACUUUACAGUUUUAUCGACUGUGUUUGCAAUAUUAUAUGUUCUCAUUCACAUCAUUCUUGCAAAUCCUAGUACAAUCCAGGGUCUUGAAUUUCCUGGCCUAGACCUACCAGAUUCAAUAGGUGAAAUUGUUGUCUGUGGAGUUCUUGUUCUACGAGGACGGCUUUUUCUAAACACGGUAGGACGCUACCUACAGGCCAGGAAGCAAAGAGGCAGUGAUCAUGGGGUCAAAGCACAAGGGGAUGGAUGGUUAUUAACUGUUGCUUUAAUAGAAGGUAGUAACCUAGCAGCUGUGGACUCGACUGGAUAUUCUGAUCCUUAUGUUGUCUUUUCUUGCAAUGGAAAAACUAAAACAAGCUCAAUCAAGUUCCAAACGCCAAAUCCUCAGUGGAAUGAAGUUUUUGAAUUCGAUGCUAUGGAUGAUCCCCCAUCUAUGAUGAAUGUUGAUGUUUAUGACUUUGAUGGACCUUUCGAUGAAGCUACAUCCCUUGGUCAUGCUGAAAUUAACUUUGUAAAGUCGAACUUAUCGGACUUGGUUGAUGUAUGGAUUCCUCUUGAGGGAAAUUUAGCUCAGACAUGUCAGUCUAAGCUACAUUUGAGGGUUUUCUUAAACAAUACACGAGGUAAUGAGGUUGUCAUGGAAUACAUAACGAAGAUGGAGAAAGAGGUUGGAAAAAAGAUAGUCUUGCGGUCUCCUCAAACGAAUUCUGCCUUUCAAAAGCUCUUUGGUCUGCCACCAGAAGAGUUUCUCAUCAACGAUUUUACUUGUCAUCUGAAGCGUAAAAUGCCUACCCAGGGUCGCAUUUUUCUGUCUCCUAGAAUAAUUGGCUUCCACUCUAACCUUUUUGGACACAAGACCAAGUUUUUCUUUCUUUGGGAGGAUAUUGAUGAUAUACAAGUGGCUCCUCCAUCACUGGCAACUAUGGGAAGCCCUUCUCUUUUAAUCAUCUUGCGCAAAGGCAGAGGUAUGGAUGCAAAGCAUGGAGCUAAGGCAGCUGACCCAGAUGGAAGACUGCGGUUCCAGUUCCAGUCGUUUGUUUCAUUCAGUGUUGCUAACAGGACAAUCAUGGCUCUGUGGAGAGCUAGAGCCUUGACCCCUGAGCAGAAGAUGCAGUUACUUGAAGAAGAAUCUGGAGCAAAAAACCUGCAUAGCGAAGAGAGUGGGUCCUUCUUAGGGUUAGAAGAUGCUAAAAUGUUGGAUGUCUUCUCCUCCGUUAUCGAUCUCUAUAUUAAUUCGCUGAUGGAGUUAUUUGAUGGAGGUCCUGUGGAGCAAAGUGCGAUGGAAAAAAUUGGAUGUGUCGACUACACUGUUUCUCAGUGGGAACCCGUACGAGCUGAUGUGUACCAAAGGCAAAUUCACUACAAAUUUGAUAAAAACUUGUCUCGUUAUGGAGGGGAAGUGACGAGCACCCAGCAAAAAACUCCUCUGCCUGAUAAAAAAGGGUGGCUGAUUGAAGAAGUGAUGGCUCUCCAAGGUGUUUUGCUUGGGGACUAUUUCAACCUUCACUUGAGAUAUCAGAUUGAGGAUCUGUCCCCUAAACUGAGAGCAUGCAAUGUGAUCGUGUCAUUGGGGAUAGCUUGGCUGAAGAGCACCAAGCAUCAAAAGAGGAUAGCAAAGAAUGUUAUAUCAAAUUCAUCACUUCGACUGAAGGACAUGUUUGCACAACUCGAGAAUGAACUACACACAAAGUAGACUCACGUCUCCAAUCUAACAUAGAUUUCUCCAAUUCCACAGAUCAUAAAAGAGGAUGAAUAUUACUACAUUCAUCCCAAAGCAAAGGUUUGCCAGAAUUUCACAUCUUUAUCCUUACUGGUAUUGACUGAGCUAUCGAGCAUAAACUCCAGAUACGAACAUGGAAAGCUUGAUCUUGGAGAUUAAGAAAGAAUAUUCAUCAUUCUUUUGGUUGGUUUUAGGAAGCUAAAAUGCGAGAUUAAUGUAACGAUGUCAAGACUUGAAUAAAAAGUUAUUAGUAAACCAGCUUCUUCUGCCCUUGUUUGAGCAGACAAGAACAUGAGGAAAUGCAAUGUGCAUAGAUGAUUUAGUGAUGACAAAAACUAAUAUCACCAUUGUUUUAGUUUGUUAGA